AACGUUCGCGCAACAACACAUAAAAAUCAAAAUCAUUGAAGAAAAUUCAUCCGCACGGCUCGCUACGAGCGUCGCGACAUUUGCUUUUGGCCUAAAAUAUAUAUACAUUUGAUUUUCAAAAAGAAACAGAUUCAAAAAAUGAUUCAUAUAUAAUGUACAGAAAGAUUUCGAUUGCUCCGGUGCGUUUUUGCGCGAGUACUAUAUAAAAUAUAUAUAGAAGAUACAUAUACAUACAUAUUUGAAAACAAAGCUUAUUCUGAAAUGCAAAUGUAUAAAGUUAAUAUGUUGUUUUUGCUUCUCUGGCCACGACAUUAUCCAAACGCGGCUAGCACGCCGCCAUUUGAUCCUUAAUAAAUUAAACAAUUUCAAAAACAUUCAAAAUUUCCAAAGGGCCAAUCCCCAUCCCCUUUGAAAACAUUUUAUUGACGUAAAUUUCUUCUUCUAUGAUGCGAAUUCAAUGUAUGCAAGUAAUCAAAAUAAUUUUCGUGCUCUCAACAAUUGUCGCAGUCACAGAUUGUUGUUCGAGCCGAAUUUUAUUGUUGCGGGAACAUACGCUGAAAAUUGUGCAGCAUCAGCAUAAUUUUCACAAUCAUCUGCAUGAGCAUGCCCAUCAGUUGCAACAGCAGAUCGAGGAGCAUGUGGUCCAGUUGGUCAAUCAAAUGGAGUUGCAGCAAAAGCUCGACGAACAACUCCAGGAAGCAGACAGCAAUGUGGAACCCGAUCCUGAUCCUGAAGCAGCGGACCAAGAAACAGAACAAAUAGAACCAUUGGAACUGGAUAUUGAAACUGACCCUUCUAGGGGACCACCCUUAACGCUUGAAAUGGCGGCCAGCAGUACUUGGGAGCCAGGAUUGGACCUUAUAACUGACGAAAACUCUUCGACAACAACUGAAAAGACAACCACGGCAAGCACCAGUUCAAGAACAAUAACGUCAACGAAGCCGACCAUUACAGUGACACCAACAGAUGAGCCACCUCCUUCUCCUCCGGCCGAUGGCACCACUACAUCACCAACAGGUCAAACCACAAAUGAACCAGUGAGGGUCACAAUCUCCAUAGAUUUGCCCAUGCUUAACUGCAGUGAGCCCUACGACACAAAAUAUUGUCUCAAUGGUGGUCGUUGUUUUCGUCUACCGGUUAGCAAUCACACACUCAAUUCAUGUGUGUGUGCCGAUGGAUAUGAUGGCCCACGCUGCGAUUUCAAGAGUUGGAAUGGUGACUAUGUUUCAACGCCAGUGGCCUUGGAGCAUCAACCAAGAAUCCUUAUGGCUCAUAUAUUUUUCUCCUUUCCAAUGCUCAUCCUGCUCUCGACCAUAUACGUUCUAUUCGCGGCCGUAUUUAUGUUUCGCAAUGCUCCCGAACACCGUAGGAAGCAGCAGCAAUUACAUUUGCAUAAGCAUCGUUUUUUUGUCAGCUGUUGAUCAGCUUAAAUCGUCAAUUUUUGAGAUCAUCUCCUUGAGAUUUGGAAACAAUUUUUUGGUUUCACCUUAAAUUAGAAUCUAGAUCCUAUAUUGUAGUUUAGUUAGUUAUGUC